AUGGACGCCAUGGCGUUCAGGCCCGACGAUAGGGUGCUUAGAGAGCUGCCAAAAACGCAGGCGACGAACAUUCCGGGCAGACCCGGUUGGUCGGGUCGGGCCACUCGACCGGUCAUCAUAGGGUCGUACGCCAACAUGUCUGACCAUUUCGGUGCCGUAGACUACGUGGUAUUCAUCGCAAUGUUAAUGAUAUCGACAGCAAUCGGUUUGUUUUACGCGUGGAAAGACCGCAAGACUACCAAUGAGGACGAGUUUCUAAGAGGUGGCAAAACUAUGUCUCCGCUACCGGUUUGCAUCUCAAUUAUGGCCAGUUUUCUGCCGAGCACUUCGUUCAUAGGCUUUCCAACUGUGGUGUACGCGACGGGAACUAUGCUGUGGGUGCUGGUGAUCCCGGCCGUGUUGGCCGCUGUACUCGCCGCUCAAGUCUUCAUUCCUGUCUUCUAUAACAUGAAUCUACUUUCAGUCAACGAAUACAUUCACAAACGCUUUCAAUCACACAAUUUGCAAAUUAUAACCAAUGUGUCCACACUGUUAGCCAUGAUCCCAUUCUUUGGAGUCGAGCUGUUUGCGCCAUCGAUAGCACUGUCUAUAGUCACCGAUAUGUCCAUCACUUCAAUAACCAUCUAUACAUCUAUGGGUGGUCUCAAGGGUGUCGUAUGGACCGACUUCUUCCAGUUCACUGUUAUGAUCACCGGAUUGCUAGCCGUCCUCAUCAGAGGUGCAAAUGUUUCGGGAGGAAUGGCCAGUGCCUUUCAAAAGGCUCAUACAGGCGGACGUAUAGAGUUCUGGAACAUCAAUUUCGACAUUUACUCCAUUAACUCGUUUUGGGUGCUAUUAACAGGGUAUGCAGUCUUAUUCAGCGGCACAUUCAGUACAAGUCAACUACAAGUCCAACGCGCUAUAUGUAUGCCGAGUCUUAGUUCGGCCAAAAAGGCCCUGUAUAUGGCAAUGCCCGGGUAUAUAUUGAUGCUAUCAUUCACUGUACUCAUCGGUGUCGUGAUGUACGCCCGAUAUUACGACUGCGACCCUAUGAUGACCGGUCGAGUGGCCCGACCCGACCAACUGUUGCCUUACUUUGUGCUCGACAUCUUUGAGGACGACUACCCGGGUCUGCCCGGAAUGUUCGUCGCCUGCGUUUUUGGCAGCUCUGAGCACCUUAAGGAGUUGGCAUUCCCACGGGGAAACCCCAAUUCCCUCGUAGAAACACCAACACCCCUUAGGGAAAUCCCAUUUAACCAUUAA